CUGUAGAUCAUCGGCAAGCCGUAGAUGCUGAUGGGCUUACAAGAUUGCCAAAAAGAUGAAGACAUGUGGGAUGUGGCUGGUGUCAUUGAACCUGAUGGUGCUGUUCUGCUUCUUUGCCAUGCCAUGUCAACGACAACCGGUCCUACCAAGACCGUGUCCAUAUCUCGCACCGCAGCCCUGUGAGCGCGCGGUGUCGGACGUGCACGCAGAAGCGGUGCACGCAAAGAACGCGCUCGUGCUCGACGAAGCGGUGCGCACCGACUCGACGGCGGCACAGCCGACCUCUGUGAACGGAAUCCAAAGAGCUUCCGAAGAUCCGAAGGUCUCGGCUGCAGCGUCCUCAGGAGGAACUGUAGUAGGUGACCUGGAGAUCUCCACACCUGCGCCCGAGCGCAGCAGAGCUGAAGCCCUGGUGCCUUCCAAUUUGCCCACCCGACUUCCUCAGCUCCCGACCCAAGUCAUCUUGGCGCCGCCGCCGCCCGCUGUGGCGCUGCCAGACCCCGGACCCUUUCGUGCACCCCAGACCCUUUCGUCUUCGUGCCGCUUCGUGGUGGAUCGCUGUCAAAUGGAUUCUCAUCUCAUGGCAGCAGAGAAGUUCGAUCAGAUCUAUGCGAGGAAUGGCUGGGGAAGUCGGAUCAGCGAACUGGGCACACACACGCGGAGUGGUUUGGGCAGUGAUCUGAAAGGAGCUUUUGAUUGGAUCUCGGGCUUGAACAAGUUCUUCAACCAGAAUCCAGAGCUUCAGAUCAUUGCAGAUAUCCCAAGUGGAGACAUAGGAUGGCAAAUGGCUGUGAGGCAUUUGAACACUGCAAAGCUUUACUUUGGUGGUGACAUCGCCAGGAGCGUUGCUGAAUCGAAUGCCAAGAGGUUCAAAGAUCAUGCCAACAAAGUCUUGCAACACUGGGAUCUCCAUUCCUGCGGAGCGCCCCAGUGGUACACCAGCUGCGAUUCCACCCGCCAUCCGUUCGACGUGAUCAUGAUCCGGGAUGCGCUCCAGCAUAUUCCCAUCCUCAAGGUGCAGCAGAUCUUACACAAGGUGAUUUUGGAGUCGGGUGCCAAAUGGUUGAUCACUUCGAGCUAUCCGGAGAGUGAUACACUACAUCACAAGGAUACCGCUGCCUGUCACAACGAUGAGAAUCUCAGGCAGAGAAUUUCUUGGUUCAUCUUGAUUCCUCCAAAAAGUCAGCUUUGUCUUGCAGAAGAAGUUAGUUGAAUCGUGUUCCACUCAAGUCUUUUCUUCUCAAAAGAAAUGCUUAAAGAUUGUUUAAGCCUGAGUUGCAGAAGCCUGGCAGAAGCCGCAGCCCGAUUUCUUCUUAUCUCAUCUAAGGAAGCUCUUCUGCAGCAAGGGCGCAAUGCGUAAUGGUGACGGUGGAUGGUAUCCCAUUGCGUUGGACUGUGCACCUUUCCUCUUCCCUCCUCCGGCGGUCAAAACACCGUCGCACAGCACCUUUCCAAUUGAGCAUGAUUUUAUGUAUAUCUACCGCAUCGAUGAUGCCUUGAAGGAUGCAGUCCGGAAAAUGAGGCUGUGUCAUCCAUCAUGACCGCCAACGUAGCGGUGUAGGAUCUAGUCGAGGGCAAUGCCACUAGUUCCUUUUAGAUAUGUGAUUUUUCUCGCUCAAAAUGAGCGAGUCGGUUGUGUAGUUCAAGAUGGGCCCGAGUCGGUUUGUGCACCCAAAGUCUUGUUUGGUGCCUGAACUUGGCUGGUAACUUGCCAUAGCC